CACCUCUUCUGCAAUACGUUCACAGAGGAGAGUCAUUGUUACAGUUCUAAUACAUUUUUUUUUAAUUCAGACAAAGCAUCAUUGAUUUUUGCAGUAUUUUUCCCAGCUCUGGCACUACAAUAGAAAUGUAAUGUCUUAUUUGGUUCUUAACUUAGCUGUCAUAAUAUAUUGCAUUUUUUAUUUCUAGAUCUCAAAUUACUAUACAAAGCUAAGUGAAUGUCAAUAUUGUACAGAAGGGAAAACAGAGGUGCAGGAUUGACAUGACUAACCCAAGAUUCUGACCAUAAAAUGAGCCAGUCGCCUGACAUCAUGUCCCUACAGAUUAUAUCAACUGUUAAUAAUUCAUCUUUGAUUCAACCAGGCUUUUCUCUUCUGAAUUUUGAUGAGCAAGUCUUCUUUUUUGGACAGAAAGGCUGGCCAAAGAGAUCCUGUCCCACAGGCGUUUUCCUCCUUGAUUUAAAAAAGAAUGAGAUGAAACUGAAGCCUGCUUUUUUUUCCAAGGAGUCCUGCUACCUUCCCCCUCUUCGCUACCCUGCCACCUGCAUUCUCGAAGGCAAUGAAGAGUCUGAGAAAUGUCAAUAUAUCAUCCAUGGUGGGAAAACACCAAAUAAUGACCUUUCCAGUAAGAUCUAUGUUAUGAGUAUAGUAAGUAAGUCCAGCAAGAAGUGCACUUUUAAAUGCACUGAGAAAGAGUUAGUUGGGGAUGUCCCUGAAGCUAGGUAUGGCCAUACAGUUAAUGUAGUUCGUAGCCGAGGUAAAAGCAUGACUGUUAUAUUUGGAGGAAGAUCGUAUGUCCCUUUUGGACAAAGGACCACUGAAAAAUGGAAUAGUGUGGUAGAUUGUAUGCCUCACGUGUUUUUGGUGGAUUUGGGGUUUGGAUGCUGUACCUCAUAUGUCCUUCCUGAGCUUCAGGAUGGACUUUCUUUCCAUGUUUCCAUUACUAGAAAUGAUACUAUCUAUAUCUUAGGAGGUCACUCCCUUGAAAAUAACAUUAGACCACCCAACCUGUACAGAUUAAAAAUUGACCUCCCACUGGGAAGCCCUGCUGUGAGCUGCACCAUCUUGCCUGGGGGGAUUUCUGUAUCCAGUGCUAUUGUUACACAGACAAGCAACAAAGAGUUUGUCAUUGUCGGGGGCUACAUGGCUGACAACCAGAAAAGGAUGGUUUGCAACACAGUCACUGUAGAAGACAGCAAAAUAGAGAUUGAGGAAAGGGAAGCCCCAGAUUGGACACCAGAUAUUAAGCACUGCAAGAUAUGGUUUGGUAGUAAUAUGGGUAAUGGGGCUGUCUUGCUGGGCAUACCAGGGGACAACAGGCAGCUGAUUUCAGAUGCAAACUACUUUUACAUUUUGAGAUGUAAAGCAGAAUGUGAGGAAGAGGAAGAACAGGUGGCACAAACUUUUAGCCAGACAUCUACAGAAGACCCAGGGGACUCCACUCCAUUUGAAGAUUCAGAAGAGUUCUGUUUUAGCACUGAAGCCAACAGGUUUGAUGAUGAUGAUAUUGACACCUACAAUGAGGAUGAUGAAGAUGAUGAAUCAGAAACAGGCUACUGGAUAAACUGCUCUGCCAAAUGUGAUAUAGACAUUAACACCUGGGUGCCAUUCUAUUCAACUGAACUGAACAAACCAGCUAUGAUCCUCUGUUCCAAUGGAGAUGGCCACUGGGUCCAUGCUCAGUGUAUGGACCUGUCUGAAGACAUGCUUUUACAUCUUUCAGAAGCUAAUAUCAAGUACUUCUGCAAUGAGCAUGUGGAUUUUGCUAAGGGGCUGCAAACCCCUAAGAAGGUGCUGCCUUUGAAAAAACAGCCCAUGAAGCCAUUACGGAGAAAAACAACCAUGAGGAUAACGGCACCAGUGAAAAAAUCCUUUCUUCGGCGGUUAUUUGAAUAGAUUUGCACCAAUGAUUAAUGUUUCGUUCAGAUGAAAUAAGGUCACAGGCCAAAGAUAGUCAAGGAUGGUUGCAAGUAUAUUGAAUAUUAGAGAUCCUAGUAGUGUGCUCUUUAUUAUUAUUUUUAAUUGUAAUUAUUAGACAAUUUCAAUCUAAUUUAAAAGCUCAAGCUAAUAUAUAUUAUAGUACCAUCCAGGGGUUACAAUCAGAAUUAAAGCUCCAUUAUGCAGGAGCUAUAAAAAACACAAAAGGCCAGAUCCUGAAAGCCUUGCUCAAUUUACAUAACCUUAAUCCACAAUAACCCACUAACUUUAAUAGAAUUUGAUAGAAUGGAAAGUAAGGCCCUAUCUGGUGUGAAGAAUAGAGUUAGAAUCUGGAACAUGUUGUCGCACAUUUUGUUUUGGCAUCUCAGUCAGUGGAACUAGAAACACAGGGCAUAAAUUCCUGGCUUCAUUACUCUAGUUUUAUGCUAAUCUAUUGAACUACAAUGAAAUAAACUAUGCUGGUAUUAAGCUGAACUGAUGCAGUGGUGGCUCAGGUCUGUUGUA